AUGAUGCGCCGAAAAGAGGUUUAUACCAAUAUCACGCCCAUCCCCUCGUCUGUGCCCCGCCAACUAGCCCUCGACAUCCUACACAGCCAUAGCGAAAUCAUCACACUAAAUCCACUCGUCCUCUCACAUCAACCCAUCAGGGCUCCACGCAAUGCCGUCGCCGACGAGUACUACUCGACGUGGUACGAGAUCACAGAACGAGUGCAAUACGUCCCGGGGCUGGGCAAGAUAGGAUCGGGCAAGAUCAGCUUCAAAGGCUGUUUCCACAAUGUCGCAUGGGGUCUACAGACGCACAUGUACGCGCCGAUGGGAAUCGACCUCCGAAGCAAAUGGCGCAUUGGAGGCAACCAGCGCGACGAACCACCGGAACCGCAAGACAAGCGCGCAGACGGCGCCCCGCAAACCGGACUCUAUCUGCGCGAGGAUAUCGAGAUCGAAUGCAACCGCACGCUGAUUUCUUUCGUCAAGGGUCAGUUGAAGGUCGCUUCGAAGGUGCUGGUAGAUCGCCUGAUUAAGAAAGCCGAGCUUCUUGAUGCUGGUGUCUUGCAGGCUAUGAUGGAGGAUGGCAAAUUGACGACAUAUAAUCCGGCCGACCGAUCGAGCAGAAUUGGGAGGGAGCUGUCGCUUUCGUCGCGAAGACAGUCAGAUCAAAUGUCGAGGUCCUCGUCGUCUCGGGGACCGCGAUCGCCGACGGAUUCGCAGUUGGGGCCGAUGUCUCCUGGAUAUGCCUUUCCGCCGCAGUACGGACACCAGCACAGUAGAAGCUUUGCUGUGGAAUUACCAGGGGAUUCUUAUCAUCCACAACCUGCACCUGGUGCAUAUCAAGAGUUGCCGGAUACCAGUCGAUAUCCGAAAUCAUCACGGCUGGAUAAGGCGCAUAAUGAACUAUCUGUUAUGGAAGAGGCUCCAGAGCGUGAAGAUGGGUUACUUUACAGCCCUUACAAACCAAAGGGUUAG